CAACAAAAGAUUAGCUGAAUGAAACAUGAUAAAAGUCUAAUCUUUUGUUUUUUUAUGGCCUUUUAUGACGAUUCAUUCAGCUAAUCUUUUGUUUUUUGACAUCUAUAGAGGAUUAAUGAUAACGAAUGUGUUCUUUUUUUCACAAGACCAGUAACUGUUGGCAUCCUGGACUAAAAUAUCGUGCAAAAACCAUGUUCGUAAGUAUUAUUCUUCUAUGUGUUGUGGCACUUAGCGACUGUCUGCGCGACGAAAAAGGUAUCUCAUGCAAGGAUGGAAGAGCCUUCUGAGUAUUAACAUUUAAUAUCAUUUAGGGGAAAAGUGUAGAAAGGCCGUGGGCCAUCUUGGUUGCACUCUAACUCGAGAAUCCACUCAAGGACCUUACUAUUGGAAUUCGACCGUGCGACAGGACAUCACCGAAGGCAAGCCAGGCAUACCCUUUCGAUUAACGAUCCGUGUCCUCGACACGAAUACAUGUGAACCAUUGCAAAAUGCUCUGGUUGAUAUUUGGCAGUGCGAUGCUGUUGGUUUAUAUUCUCAUUUCAUUGCUUUGAGUCAGGGUAUUAUCGAAGGUCGCGUGGAUAACGAGACGUUCCUUCGAGGUCUAUCACUAACCAAUGCAGAUGGAGUUGCCCAAUUUGAAACUAUCUAUCCCGGCUGGUAUCGUGGGCGAGCGACACAUAUUCAUGUUAAAGUGCACAGCAGCUCCAAAGAGAAUAUUAUUAUGGUCAGCAAUUCUUCGGGUGUCUAUUCUGGUGGUCAUGUUUCUCAUACGGGUCAGCUUUAUUUCAAUGAUAGGUUUACCGAUCGAGUAGCUCGUGAAAGGCCCUAUUCUACGCACAAAAUAGCACGUACUCGAAAUGUAGAAGAUGAAAUUUAUAUGAUUGAUAACGAUGCUAAAACUCAACUGGAUGUAAAAUUCUUUAGAGCAAAUGAUUUUCGACGUGGUUUAACGGCUACAGUGACUCUAGGCGUGGAUCCAACAGCUGAGACCAAAGAAUAUGGACAGCAAUAUGAUGACUCCGAUGGAGGAGAGGAGUGA